AUGCCGAUGCUCGUCACCAUGAUGGCCGCCAAGCCGCAAGUCCGCGCCAGCGGCGCCGACGUCUUCCAAAAGGGGAAGAACUACGCGAACAUCCAAGAAGCCACGGCCGCCGGUCUCAUCGGUGCCUCCGCGCCGUUCCCGGAAGGGCUCGAUAUCCUCGGCUUCUGCAACGGUGUCGACGGCGCGACGCUGCAGCGAUACCGUGAGGCUGAAGUCGCGCACUCUCGCGUGUGCAUGCUCGCCACCGUCGGUUUCUUGGUCGGCGAACAAGUCGAGGGGUCCUCCUUCCUCUUCGACGCCCAAGUCACCGGCCCGGCGGUGAACCACUUCCAACAAGUGCCGCUUCCGUUCUGGUUCGCGAUCGGUUCCGUGAUCGCGAUCGCGGAGUCCGCGCGCGUGCAAGCGGGCUGGCAAGACCCGGGUCAAUCGGACAAGCUCUUCUUGCUCAAGGACGGCUACACCCCGGGCGACCUCUCGUUCGACCCGCUCGGACUCGGCAACGGCAAGUCCGCGGAAGAGCUCGACGCACUCCGCCUCAAGGAGCUGAACAACGGCCGCCUCGCGAUGAUCGCCAUCUCUGGUAUGGUUGCCCAAGAGCUUGUUGACGGCCUCAAUAUCCUCCCGGCCGACAUCGCCCUCGAACUUGGCAACGGUGACCUGCAAAAGAUGGAACAAGCGUGCGCUGGCAAGGUCGAUGAGGCCGCCUGCGCCAAGGCGUUCGAAGCGUCUUUGGAAGCCGCGUCCCGCAUGUAA